CUUUCAACUGUCAACAGUCACAUCAGUUAAAAUCCUCUUUCAUACUUAAAGGAAUAUUCAUAAUAAAUAAUGAAAAUGUGAUAUGAAACAUUAUGGCCGAUGCCGAAGUUGCUAUUGUUGGCAUCGGUUGCCGUUUCCCUGGGGCUGAUAACGUUGACGAGUUCUGGAAAGUACUCAAAAAUGGCGAAAACCAUGUGAUCGACGUCCCACUCACUCGAUGGGACCAUUCCAAAUUUUACGACCCUGAUCCCGACGCCCCCGGUAAAACGUAUGUGAGGCAGGCGGGCUUUGUGUUGAAUGCUGAGUCAUGGGAUCCAGAAUUCUUUGGAAUCAGCGAAACAGAAGCUGCUCUGGUUGACCCCCAACAGCGAAUGGUGCUAACAUGUACACAUAUGGCUCUAGAGGAUGGGGGAAUUACAAGAAAGGAGUUGGCGGAGUCCCAGACUGGGGUCUAUAUCGGUGCAAUGAUGGACGACUACAAAAAUUACGUUAUCGGGAAUACCAUAAGCGCCUACGGUCUUACGGGUACUGAUAGGAGCAUAAUAAGUGCUAGGGUGUCGUACGUUUUCAAUCUAGCUGGCCCGGCACUUACCAUUGAAACGGCAUGCUCUUCUUCAAUGGUGGCUGUAGACACUGCCAUUAUGGCGUUGAAAAUGGGAACAAUUAAUGCAGCAAUAUGCGGAGGGGUAAACCUGAUGCUGGAUCCAAAUAUAUUUACUGCCUUGUCAAAAGCUCGGAUGGUGUCCCCCUCAAGCCAAUGCAGAACAUUCACAAAAUACGCAGACGGAUAUGCUAGAGGAGAAGGGUGUGGAAUAGUAGUCUUGAAAAGACUAAAGGAUGCACUGAGAGAUGGUAACAAGAUACGGGCGACCAUAAAGUCUGGUGUAAACCAAGAUGGACACAACGUGACCCCUAUCAGCGCUCCUUCGUCGAAAGCUCAGAUUGAACUGAUUGAAUCUAUGUACCGCAGAUAUGGAAUCGACAAAGACUCCAUACAAGUUAUCGAGGCUCAUGGGACUGGUACACCAAUUGGUGAUCCCACCGAAACCUUUGCGCUGGGUACCGUUUUAGGCGAACACAGACAAAAAACGACGUACAUAGGCUCCGUAAAGACGAACUUAGGUCACCUUGAAUCUGCUGCCGGGGUUGCUGGAAUCAUCAAAACGUUGCUUAUGAUGGAGCACGAAAUUAUUGUGCCAUCAUUAUGGUAUAGAAAGGAAAAUGAAAAUCCGCGACUUAAUCUUGAAAAGUAUGCGUUUGCUGUUCCAGUCCAAUGUCUUGACUGGCCAAGAGGGGUAUCAAACAAACGGAUUGCGUGUGUAAACAGCUUCGGAUUCGGCGGAACGAAUUCGCACGUGGUGCUCGAACAGUAUGAACGGAAGGAUGAACAAAGCUCAGGGUCCGAAAAUUCACUGCCAUUCAUCUUUGUACUAAGCGGAUUAGAUCUCGACACAUUGAAAGCAAACAUCAAAAAUUUUCAAACGAGACUUUCCGGCAAUUCCUACGAUCUUGCAAACCUGUCAUAUACGACAAUAUUUAAACGGGAUCUAUGGGGAGAAAGAAUUGCAGUCACUGCAUCUUCUCAAGCAGAUCUUCAGCAUGCUCUUCUGGAAAAACUAGAAACUGUGGAAAAUCGAAAGCCAAACCAAGACCUUAACGGCAGAAACCUAGUAUUUGUCUUUUGUGGAGUUGGCACGGUAUGGAAAGGCAUGGGUAAAGACCUUCUAAGAGUACAAUGCUUUAGAAACAAUGUUGAGCAAAUUGACAAACAAAUCAAUCAAUUAACAGGAUGGUCAAUAGCUAAAAAGAUUAAAGAACAGAGUCCAGACAUUUUGAAUGAUCCAAUGGUUGGACAUAUUGCUAUAUUUACGUACCAGGUUGCUUUGGCGGAACUUUGGAAAUUCUACGGCGUAGUUCCAAACAGUGUAGUGGGAAUUUCGGUUGGAGAGGUGGCUGCUGCAUAUGUGGCGGGAGAACUGGAUCUUGAGUCUGCAACAAAGGUCAUUUAUCACAGAUCAAGAAUACUAGCUGAAGCAAAUGAAGGUAGCAUGGCGGUUGUGAUGAAUGUUCCGAUAGAAGAAAUCGAAGAUUGUUUAGCAUCACACGACUCUCUUUCAAUUGCAGUGUUCUUGAGUCCUAUUUCUUGUACAGUUUCUGGUGAAAUACACGAUAUUGAUUGGCUGAAAGCGAUUUUGCGAGAAAAGUAUGAGAACGUGAAAAUCAUACGGUUAGAUGUCCAAUGUGGUUACCAUAGCAAAUUUGUUCACAAAGCUUCCCAGGAACUAGGCAAGGUGUACAUUGAUCUAAAACGAAAGGACAGGGGUGUACCACUGAUAUCAACAGUCACUGGAAACAAAAUAAAAGAAGGGCAAAUGUCUACUGUUGGGUACUGGUGUGAAAAUAUAAGGAACCCCGUUAUGUUCACAGAAGCUAUCCGGAAUGCAGCGGACGUCGAGCACACAGCCAUAUACCUAGAGAUUGGUCCAGGUUCAGCCCUAAAUGCACAUGUUAAUGACAUUUUUCAGGGCAAACCCAUGAUCAACGUUGUUUCGGUUAAACCGCAAAAGGAAGGUCAAACGAUAUCAAAAGCAAUUUGUACAUUGGCUGAAUCAAAAAUGGAUCUCAGAUGGGAUCAUAUCACGCCUUCGAGUCAAAUGCCCAGUACUGCUAUUCCAGUUUAUCAGCUUAAACAAGACAAAACACUCUUUCAAGGGCAUAUUAUGUUGGAAAAGGUUCAUGGAAUAAGCAAUACAUCAGCGCAGAGUUCAUUCAUAACAGAAAUAGAAAGCAGCAAAUUUGGCGCUCAAUUUAAAGCACAUGUAGAUGCAUCGAACGCUCCGUACAUAUUUGAACAUUUUGUUAAAGGAAAAAACAUACUGCCUGGGGCGUUUUAUACGGAAAUUGCUCUCAAGGUGGGAACAACACUGUUGGAUUCAAACGAGACGCAUAUCGAUAUGUCGCUAGAAUUUCUGAAGCCUGUUGACCUAACACACAGCAAGACGUUUGUCUUUGUUGUGUCUACAAGACAACAAAACUCAGGUAUUCGUUUCACUGUGAAACUAGGAGACGUUGUAUUCUGCAGAGGAUGGGUUUAUAAACACGCACUAGCAGUAGAAUCUAGUCAUGUCGAUUGUGCAACUCUUAAGGCAUCUCUAGUCACUGGUGAUAAAAUAGCUUAUAAAACCAAGACACAAAUCUAUGAAGACCUCAGAACGGCCGGGUUUGAAUAUGGACCAUCAUUUCAAUUAUUGCAGGGUAUGUUAACAAACGGAAAAGAGGCAGUCUGUGAGGUUGAUGCUUCCCGAUCUGUCAUAGACGCUUGUCAUAAUAAAUCACUUAACGUUCAUCCUACUCUAAUUGAUGCAAUGAUGCAAACUACCUUUAUGGAAAACAAGAUGAUACAUCGAAAACACGUCUCUUUUGUUCCGGCUGGAAUGGAGAAAAUAAAUGUUUAUAAGAAUCCUUCGAGGAAAAUGACAGUUUACACUAAGAAAACCAAUGAAACGAAUUUGGAUAGUGGUCAUCAACUGCACUUUAGCAUGCGUAUGUUUGAUUCAUCUGGCUGUCUUGUUGCUUCGGUGGAUAAUUUCACUACUUACAGCCGAAUAAACGAUUCAAUGGCGCCAUGUGAGCUGAAAUAUACCCUUGAAUGGCUCUUCGAAGGAAGAAAAUCUCAUCAAAACAUGAUAGACAGCUUAAAACAAAUUCAGAGCAACAAAGAAAAAAGAGUUAUGUUUGUAGGACCAAACUGGAACGAUGAAUUGAAUGCAGUUCCAUACAUGGAUGAGAUAGUAGUUCUUGAAAAUGAGAUAGGUGAUUCUGUCAAUGAAUACGCACACAAAAUUACGGGAUCGAACCGUUUCACUGAAGCAGGAAUAGAAAUCAGAGCUAUUGUUUAUUUUGUAGGUGGUCAUACACUGAAGUCGAUAAAUGGAGUUGAAAAUGUUGAAAACAUAUGCUCGUAUGUUAAAGGAAAUGUGAUGCUUCUGAAUGAUCUAGUCUUAAGAAGCGAUACACUUGAAUAUCGCUUGCCGAUCUAUGUUGUUACUGAGAAUUCACAAAGCACUUUCCAAAAAUAUGAUACUGAGACAAGUUUGGUUGGAAAUGAACUUUGGGGAUCCGUUCGUUCACUGAACGCAGAAUUCACACACGGACAGAUAACUAUGAUAGAUUUACAACCUUCACUUCAAGAGACAUGCCAGAAACUGGUCCACUUUAUCAAUCAAGAGACAGAAGACAAAAAUGCGGUAUUCGGAAAUCAGGUUGUUAUCGGCCGCGAAGGAGUUUAUUUCGCACACCUGCUGCGAAAUCCAACUUUCAUUCCGACGCCUAUGUACGCCAAUGCAACACAUACAACGCAUACUAGCGAACAAGAACAAGCAUUAAUGAAGAAUACGAACGACGGUGAAGAAGAAUUUUAUUUGACAGACACCUCAACAUCAAAACUUGAUAUAACAAAUGGAAUGAGACUUCCAUCGACAAGGAUUAUUCAAGUUCAAAAGGCUGUUGUGUUGCCCUCAAAUAUAGUGAACACGUUUCAUUACAAUGAUUCCAAACCAAAUCUUUCAGAAGAGAAUUGCGAAGUCAUCGGUGUAGAAUUCGUUGGCAGUAUUGUAGAGAGGAAGCAGCAAAGAAAGAAUGAACAUGUCCAAAACGUUGUAUGUGUGCAUCUUACGAAAACAAAGACCUUUCUCUCAGUAAACAAAGAUUUUGUUUUUAAAUUAAAGGAAAUUUCCGAUUAUUAUCCUGGAUUGUUGUCUUUCCUCAUAAUCUGUUUUAGGAUUGCAAAAUCAGUGAAGGCAUACUUUUCGGUGACCGUUUUGUGGGAAAAUCCAAAUGAAAGAGAGUUUGAGAUACUGCGUCAUGUUUUGAUGUAUGUUCAUCCAAUAGAAGUAAGUUUGAAUGGUUCAAGUGCGGAUGUGGUUGUUGUCGUUCAAUACCAGUCAGAGACGAAGCUUUUUACGAUGCUCCCAAGAUGCAAGAAAAUCGUCGCAUUGUUCAAAGAUUUGCCUGUCACUACAAAACGCUGUUUGAAUCUAAGCUCAAAAAUUGAGGUCAUUUCAAUUACUGAUGUUUUUGGGAACAAUGCCAUUCCUGCUCACCUAAGAAAAGUAUCCAGAUGGCUGAAAAGAAAUAAAAGGCUUAAGGUACUGCAUUCAUUGGCAGAAAACAAUGAGCAUGUUGGAACGUCUAUUUUACCAAUGCAGACGAUUGAUAUUGCAAAUAGAAACAACAGCUAUCUCCCGACAAGGAAUCCCCUCUAUUCCUUACUAAAAAAAGAUGGCAUGUACAUCGUUACUGGUGGACUGACCGGGCUUGGCUGGGAAACAAUGAAAAUGCUAGCUGAAUUAGGCGCUGGUUAUCUGGUAUCAGUGUCAAGGCGACCAGCCUCUGUGGAACUUAGGAAAGAAAUCCAAACUCUUGAGAGGAAGUUUGAUUGUACAAUCAUGUGUCUUUCUGGUGACGUUUGCGACUUUAAGUCAAUGGAUGCAAUUUUCCUCCAGUUAGGUAAGAUCGGAGAUAGUGAUACAUCUCUGAAAGGAAUAUUUCACUUAGCGGGCAUUGUCGACAGUCAGAUUCUUUCAAAUAUGGAUGAAACACACCUUGAUCGCGUGUUGAUGCCGAAGGUUAAAGGCACUCUUAAUCUUCAUUUGUUGUCAGCAAAUACAGAUCUGGAUUACUUUGUUGUCUCAUCGUCCAUAGCAAGUUUCUUUGGAUUUCCUGGUCAAAGCAACUAUGGAGCAGCAAAUUGUUUCAUGGACGCAUUUAUAAGCUGGAGACGCUCGAAAGGGCUCCCAGGACAAUCAAUUAAUUGGGGUGCGCUUUACAUAGGAAUGUCCGCACAGAAAAAGGUAAAAGAAACGUUUGAAACCAGGGGCAUACGUCUUUUGCAAGAACUAGAAGUCAAAAGUUGUUUCAAAGAUGCUUUGCUUCAUAACAUAUCGAAUGUUGUGUAUGCUGAUAUGAACUGGGAUUUUGCCUCGACGUUUCUGAAAAGUAACGCUGCAGCAGUUUGGAACAUUCAGUUCCUGGAUAUUGUCAUAGAUGAAUUUGCAACACCAACAGGCACGCAAUUCAAUCAGAUCGUGUUUGAUUUAGAAGCUUUACUUGCAUCUGAUCGACUCGCGCAAAUUUCUGCUUUGAAAGAGGUCAUCCUUCAUUGCGGUAGGGAGGUAUUUGGGGUUCACAGACAUUCCUUAAAUAUGUCUGUCACCUUUCAUGAGGUGGGUAUGGAUUCAUUUGAAUCGAUGACGUUAACAAACGUUCUACAAACAAUAACAGGAUGCAGAAUUCCGCUAUCAUUGUUGGCGGACGGCAGCAAAACUCUCAGUGAUGUUGUCAAUUAUCUCCACUUUGAACUGUUCGUAGAAAGCACUUAAGAUGAGUUGAACUUGAAUUAUUAGUCACGUUUAGUUUUGUUGAGCCACAUGAAGGUAUAUUAUUUGGUUCAGUACAUUAGAGGUUCCCUUAUUGUAUAUUGUCGUGUACAUUGUGGCUCCAUUUUGGAGUUAAAACAAUUUUCUCAUGUCCCUUUUUGAGCACCUGUGAGCAGUUAAUGCGUGGCUCGGCUAGGAUGUUAUUUCUGUAUACAAAUUGUGACUCAGUUUUGUAGAACAGAAUUUAUUGCACCACAUAUACUUUAUUUUGUGAUUGUUAUCCAUUAUUUUUGAAAGUCUGUAUAUUUGUAAUUGCUCUGUUUUGUUUAAAAAUUAAUACAGACAUAUACACGCGUAAACGCGCGCGCACACACACGCACACACAUACACACACACACACACACACACACACACACACACACGUAGUUACACGCACACAUGCGCACUCACGCACACACACACAUACACACACACACGCACACACACACACACACACACACACACACACACACAUGUACUAGAAAAUAGACAUAGAAAAAUUGACAGUGGAAUAUAACCCGAAGUAGACGGGGAUCGAUCAGGGGUCGAUGUAUAGCCAGUAGCCACUAGAUUUCGUGGUCAAUGCUAAAUAAUAUAUGUAUUAUGUAUUUUUUGCCAGAAUAUUCAAACAAAUGUGUCUACUUUAAUAAUACUGUUAAACGUUAUUGUUUUGCUUUAUGUAUGAUUGAAAUAAAUAUGUUUCGGCCUCGGUGAUUAAAGUAGCAAUACGAAAAAUAG